UCCUUUCAUUCAUUCUACCCGACCCUGGGGCCAGGGAAGCUUCCACCCGCAAGUGCCUGGCAUUUCAGAAGCUUUCUCUUCUGCUGGCCUCAGACAGGUUCCCUACUGGGAGCCUCCCAGGCUCAGGUGGGCCGCUGGCGGUUGGGGACCCUAGUCCCCCAUGCCCUGCUUUGAGCCGUUGGCAGAGAGAAGGGCGCGGGGAGCCGGUACCGCGGGCGCCCAGGACGGCGCCUCGAGUCCCCGACCGACGUGGCCCUCCGCCGGCCUCAGUCCGGGGGGGCCGGGGUCCUUGGUGCGGAGCCUUUGGGAAGCCCGGGCUCCGCUCCUGCCGCCUCCCAGACUUGCCUGGUCGCCUCGCCACUGGGCGCCUGGGUCUCAAGCGACAAAACGAUCUGUGUUCUCCCAGGGUCCUCCCAACGCCUGCCCAGGCUCUCGCCCCUACUCAGCCUCCGGGGGCAGGAGGGGCUCGCAGGGUGGCCCCGCGGCACGGUGGGCGGUGUGCUGGGGGCGGAACGGGGAAGCUGCCGGAGGACUCCCUGGGGGAGAUCGGAGAAGAAAGCCGGCUGCGCCCCCUGGUCCGCUGCCGGGCCCGGCAGGUGGGGAGGUCGGACUUCGGCGAGGAGGGCGCAGGGGCAGGGCGAGGGGACCCGGAGCUCCGCUCCGGCCCUCGAACCUCCUCCCCUCGCCCGACGCCUCCCGGCUGCAUCCCCCGCGCCGCCCUCGCCGCUACCCUUCCCCAGCGGGGUCCCGCGGGCGGCCGAGCCCACCGCCGGCCCUCCUCAGCUGUCGGCCGGAAGACCUGGAGAAGCGGACUCCGGGGGCGGCGGGGGGUCAGGGGUCAGUCCCGGGCUCCGGCCGCGCUCCGCAGAUCCGGGCUUUGCCGCGCGCCCCCCGGCCGGCUGAGCCCGGGAGCUGGGGAGUGAGCGCGCGGGCGGCUGGGCCGGCCCUCCGACGGCGGCGGGUGCACCGGAGCGGGGCCGCGGCGGCGCGAGGACAAAGGGCCGCGAUGGGAAACUCGUACGCUGGACAGCUGAAGACCACGCGGUUCGAGGAGGUCCUGCACAACUCCAUCGAGGCCUCCCUGCGCUCCAACAGCCUGGUACCCAGGCCCAUCUUCUCGCAAUUAUACCUGGAAGCAGAGCAGCAGCUUUCCGCUCUAGAAGGUGGAAGCCGAGCAGACAAUGAAGAAGAGGAAGAGGAAGGGGAUGGGGCGCUGGAACAGAACUGUCCCCCAAACCCCUACCAGAUGCACCCCCCGCCCGAAGGAUGCUGCACCACGGACGGAUUCUGCCAGGCUGGGAAGGACCUGCGUCUGGUCUCCAUCUCCAGUGAGCCCAUCGACAUCCCCGCCGGCUUCCUCCUGGUGGGUGCCAAGUCCCCCAGCCUGCCUGACCAUCUCCUGGUGUGUGCCGUGGACAAGAGGUUCCUGCCGGAUGAUAACGGGCACAAUGCCCUUCUUGGUUUCUCUGGGAAUUGUGUCGGCUGUGGCAAGAAGGGCUUCUGUUACUUCACGGAGUUCUCCAAUCACAUCAAUCUGAAGCUGACCACGCAGCCCAAGAAGCAGAAGCACUUGAAAUACUACCUGGUCCGCAACGCCCAGGGGGCUCUGACCAAAGGGCCCCUCAUUUGCUGGAAAGGCUCAGAGUUCAGAAGCCGACAGGCAUCCAUGGGUGCAUGUUCCAGCUCCCUGUUCCCGCCACUGGACAGCUCUGGGCCUCCGGCCCCCUUCCCUGGCGAGCCCGGUCUGGGGACAACCCCAAGCGCCCCGCUGGGAGCCCCACAGGCAGGACCAGCCUCCAAUCACCCCGCCCUAACCGCAGCCCUGGGUCCGGCUGUUUUCAACGGCAAAGAUUCCCCGAAGCACCAGCUGCUGGUGAAGAACCGCCUGUCCGCAGUGCCGCGUCCCUCAGCCUUAGGUAUCUUAUCAAACUCCGGCCCUCCCAAAAAACGCCACAAAGGCUGGUCUCCAGAGUCUCCAUCAGCUUCGGAUGGUGGCUACCCCCAGGGAGCGGGGAACAGAGCCAAGUAUGAAAGCGCAGGUGUGACCUGCAUGCCCCAGGUCGGCUUGGUGGGACCAGCUUCAGUCACCUUUCCUGUUGUGGCUUCCGAAGAGCCUGUGUCCGUUCCCGACAACUUGUUGAAGAUAUGCAAGGCCAAGCCAGUGAUCUUUAAAGGCCACGGGAACUUCCCCUACUUGUGCGGCAACCUGAACGACGUGGUCGUGAGCCCCCUGCUGUACACGUGCUACCAGAACUCGCAGUCCAUCUCCAGAGCCUACGAGCAGUACGGGGCCUCCACCAUUCAGCCCAUCUCGGAGGAGAUGCAGCUCCUGCUGACCGUCUACUAUCUCGUCCAGCUGGCGGCGGACCAGGUGCCCCUGAUGGAGGACCUGGAGCAGAUCUUCCUGCGCUCGUGGCGCGAGUCGCAUCUAACGGAGAUCCGGCAGUACCAGCAGGCGCCGCCCCAGCCCUUCCCACCCGCGCUAGGCGCCGUGGCACCGGUGACCUCCGCACAGCUGCCCUGGCUGGCCGGCUUGGCUGCCAGCUCCUGCAACGACAGCGUGCACGUCAUCGAGUGCACCUACUCUCUGGCUGAGGGCCUCUCUGAGAUGUUCCGGCUGCUGAUAGAGGGCAAGCUGGCCAAGACCAACUACGUGGUGAUCAUCUGUGCCUGCCGGAGCGCCGCCAUCGACUCCUGCAUCGCCGUCACCGGAAAAUACCAAGCCCGGAUUCUUUCUGAGAGCCUUCUCACCCCAGCCGAGUACCAGAAAGAAGUCAAUUACGAGCUGGUUACCGGGAAAGUGGACUCGCUAGGGGCCUUUUUUAGCACCCUCUGUCCAGAAGGCGACAUUGACAUUUUGCUGGACAAAUUCCAUCAGGAAAAUCAAGGCCUUGUUUCUUCCUCACUUGCUGCCUCCUCUGUCAGCAAGUCAGCAUCCCUGGAUGUCGGCGAGGCACCUGCGUGUACAAGUUACCAUCUGGAGCCCCACCGCAUCCGGCCCUUCCAGCUGGCUGUGGCCCAGAAGCUCCUUUCCCAUGUGUGUUCAAUCGCGGAUUCCAGCACCCAAAAUCUGGACUUGGGAUCCUUUGAGAAGGUGGACUUUCUGAUUUGUAUUCCACCCUCAGAAGUGACUUACCAGCAGACCCUCUUCCACGUGUGGCAUUCAGGGGUUUUGCUGGAGCUGGGCUUGGAGAAGGAGCACGUGACCAGGCAGAGGGUGGAGCAAUACGUUCUGAAGCUUGAUGCCGAAGCGCAGACGAAGUUCAAGUCCUUCCUGCAACACUCCUUUCAGAAUCCGCACACACUCUUCGUCCUCAUCCACGACCACGCCCACUGGGAUCUUGUAAGUAGCGCUGUUCAUAACCUCUACUCCCAAAGUGACCCGUCUGUGGGGCUGGUGGACAGAUUGCUCAACUGCAAGGAGGUGAAGGAGGCCCCCAACAUCGUGACACUCCACGUGACCUCCUUCCCGUACGCACUGCAGACGCAGCACACCCUCGUCAGCCCCUACAACGAGAUCCACUGGCCGGCCUCCUACAGUGACGGCGUGGACUUGUAUCCUGAGAACAGGAAGUACUUCGGGCUGUCUGAGUUCAUCGAGUCCACGCUCUCGGGACACAGCCUCCCGUUGCUGAGAUACGACAGCUCCUUUGAGGCCAUGGUCACUGCACUGGGAAAAAGGUUCCCCCGCCUGCACAGCGCGGUGAUCAGGACCUUUGUUCUCGUGCAGCACUACGCGGCCGCCAUGAUGGCUGUGAGUGGCCUCUCGCAGAUGAAGAACUACACGUCCGUGGAGACGCUGGAGAUCACGCAGAACCUCAUCAACUCCCCGAAGCAGUGCCCCUGCGGCCACGGGCUCAUGGUCCUGCUGCGGGUGCCCUGCUCCCCACUGGCGGCCGUGGCCUAUGAGCGGCUGGCCCACGUGCGGGCACGGCUGGCCCUGGAGGAGCACUUUGAGAUCAUUCUGGGGAACCCCGCCUCGGGCAUCACCAUUGGGAAGCACUUCCUGAAGCAGCUUAAGGUGUGGCAGAACAUAGAGGAUGCGGAGUGGCGGCCUCAGACGUACUUGGAGUUGGAGGGCCUGCCUUGCAUCCUGAUCUUCAGUGGGAUGGAUCCACAUGGGGAGUCCUUACCAAGGUCCCUGCGGUACUGUGACCUGCGGCUCAUAAACUCCUCCUGCCUGGUGCGGACGGCCCUGGAGCAGGAGCUGGGCCUGGCCGCGUACUUCGUGAGCAGUGAGCCUCCCCUGGAGAAGGGCGCCCAGACCGAGGCUUUGGAGAGUGAUGCAGAGAAGCUGAGCAGCACAGACAAUGAGGACGAGGAGCUGGUGACGGAAGGCUCCACGUCAGAGAAGCGGAGCCCCGUGAAGAGAGAACGAUCCCGCUCCCACGACUCCGCGUCUUCAUCCCUCUCCUCUAAGGCAUCCAGCUCGGCACCAUGCGGCGAGUCCUCGGCCGGACCCUCACAGGGGGAGCGGGCCUGGUCCCCACCGCCCUGCGGCCCCUCGGAGGAGGCCAAGGCCCCCGGAGAGAGACAGACGCUCCGGGCAGCAGGAGCGCCACCGUCGGUCAUCAGCAGGCACAGCCCGGGGCUGACCCCACAGCUGGAUCCCAGCCUCAAGAGCGGCCAGCGGGGCAUCCAGGUGUCGGCCCUGUCGGCGUCCUCCUCGGGCUCGGCCUCCUCACCGGCACUGCCCACCGCCGGCCCGCUCGUCCUGCAGGCCUCCCAGUGCUCCAUGACCAAGGCCUGCCGGCAGCCGCCCGUGGUCUUCCUGCCCAAGCUGGUGUAUGACAUGGUCACGUCCACGGAUGGCAGUGGCCUGCCCAAGGCUGCCUCGCUCCUGCCCUCGCACUCUGUCAUGUGGGCCAGUUCCUUCCGGCCCUUGCUCAGCAAGACCAUGACAUCCACGGAGCAGUCACUCUACUACCGCCAGUGGACGGUGCCCCGGCCCGGCCACAUGGACUACGGCAACCGAGCCGAGGGCCGCGUGGACGGCUUCCACCCGCGCCGGCUCCUGCUCAGCGGGCCCCCCCAGAUCGGGAAGACGGGUGCCUACCUGCAGUUCCUCAGCAUUUUGUCCAGAAUGCUCAUUCGGCUGACGGAAGUGGAUGUUUACGAUGAGGAAGAGAUCAACAUCAACCUCAGAGAAGAUUCAGACUGGCAUUACCUCCAGCUCAGUGACCCCUGGCCGGACCUGGAGCUGUUCAAGAAGUUGCCUUUUGACUAUAUUAUUCACGACCCGAAGUACGAGGACGCCAGUCUGAUCUGCUCACACCAUCAGAGCAUAAAGAGUGAAGACAGAGGGACGCACCGCAAGCCGGAGGACCUGUUCGUGCGACGCCAGACGGCGAGGAUGAGGCUGUCCAAGUUCGCGGCGCACAACACGUACCAUCACUGCGAGCAGUGCCACCAGUACAUGGGCUUCCACCCCCGCUGCCAGCUCUAUGAGUCCACCCUGCACGCCUUUGCCUUCUCUUACUCCAUGCUAGGAGAGGAAAUCCAGCUCCACUUCAUCAUCCCCAAGUCCAAGGAGCACCACUUUGUCUUCAGCCAACCCGGAGGCCAGCUGGAGAGCAUGCGACUGCCACUCGUCACAGACAAGAGUCACGAAUACAUAAAGAGCCCGACGUUCACUCCCACAACUGGCCGUCACGAGCACGGACUCUUUAACCUGUACCACGCGAUGGAUGGUGCCAGCCACCUGCACGUGCUGGUUGUCAAGGAGUAUGAAAUGGCGAUUUACAAGAAAUACUGGCCCAACCAUAUCAUGCUGGUCCUUCCCAGCAUCUUCAACAGCGCUGGAGUUGGCGCUGCCCACUUCCUGAUCAAGGAGCUGUCUUACCACAACCUGGAGCUGGAGCGGAACCGUCAGGAGGAGCUGGGAAUCAAGCCCCAGGACAUCUGGCCUUUCAUUGUGAUUUCUGAUGACUCCUGUGUGAUGUGGAACGUGGUGGACGUCGACAGUGGUGGGGAGAGAAGCAGAGAGUUUUCCUGGUCGGAGAGAAACGUGUCCUUGAAGCACAUCAUGCAGCACAUCGAGGCAUCCCCCAACAUCACCCACUACGCCCUGAUCGGCAUGCGGAAGUGGUCCAGCAAGACCGGGAGCCGCGAGGUGCGCGAGCCCUUCUCCCGCUGCCACGUGCAUGACUUCAUCGUCUUGAACGUGGACUUGACCCAGAACGUGCAGUACAACCAGAACCGGUUCACGUGUGACGACGUGGACUUCAACCUGCGGGUGCACAGCGCCGGCCUCCUGCUCUGCCGCUUCAACCGCUUCAGCGUUAUGAAGAAGCAGAUCGCGGUGGGCGGGCACAGGUCCUUCCACAUCACGUCCAAGGUGUCAGACAGCCCCAUGGCCGUCGUGCCCGCCCAGUACAUCUGUGCCCCCGACAGCAGGCACACGUUCCUUGCAGCCCCCGCACAGCUCCUCCUGGAGAAGUUCCUCCAGCACCACAGCCACUGCUUCUUCCCGCUGUCCCUGAAGAAUCUCGGCCACCCCGUGCUGUCCGUGGACUGCUACCUGAACCUGGGGUCUCAGAUCUCUGUGUGUUACGUGAGCUCCAGGCCCCACUCGUUAAACAUCAGCUGCUCUGACUUCGUGUUCAGUGGACUCCUGCUGUACCUCUGUGACUCCUUCGUGGGAGCUAGCUUUUUGAAAAAGUUUCAUUUUCUGAAAGGUGCCACCUUGUGUGUGAUCUGUCAGGACCGCAACUCGCUCCGCCAGACAGUCGUCCGCCUGGAGCUGGAAGACGAGUGGCAGUUUCGGCUGCGAGAUGAAUUCCAGACGGCCAACGCCAAGGAGGACCGGCCACUCUUCUUCCUGACCGGACGGCACAUCUGAGGGUGGAGCCUGCCCAACCUCAGGCUGCUGAGGCUAAAGGAAGAAUCGGAACCCCAGGGCGUCUGGGCCGAGACGGGACCCAGAGGUGUGUGUUACCACACCUUCAUGGUAGGGGCCAGGGAACCAUAGGUCCCAAAGAUGCACGGAGACUUACUGAGAGCAACAGGGACGAGUGGAUGGUGAGGAAGAACUCCAACCCCAGAUUCCUAGGUUCUGGGCCAGACCCCACCGCCCUGGCCUGUAUCAGAGUCCAUUUUAUGAAGAACAAAGUUUUGCCUACUCUUACAUCAUCCAUAUGCUUCCAUGAACAAACUUGACUUUCCUCUUAGUUCUGAAGGAUCCCUCUUGGAUUAUCUUGUAGAGAUGCCAGCAUUUCAGAUGAUGGAUGUGAUGUUGGCUAAGUAGGUUUCCCUCUAACCUACUCCAGAGGAAUAGUCCAAAAGACCAUUUCAACGGUAAAGGCUGGACACAAGGAAAAACGAAGUAGGUUCACUUAAUUACGAAUUGUGUAAGGUUACUCUUUUAGAAACUAGCCCAAAGGCAUCAAAUUUAAUAAAGUAAAAUAAAUAGUUUCACUUCAGAGCAAAUACGACUCUAUUAAAAUAGUACAGGGUAAAUACCCUACUUCCUAGAAAGGGCAAAAGUGAAAAGAAACUUUUUUAAAAAAACUACAGGGCUUGCAGGAAGGAAAUUAGGGUUGCAGAGAUUGACCUUGAGAAACAGAAUUUGCCUUACAAAGGAAAGAGGGCCAAACUCUUUCUUGAAACAAACAGUGAAAACAACCAAAGCGAUAGGGAAAGUAGCUGAUAAGAACUAGAUUUCCGACUCUAAUUUAUUGAAGCUCAAUUUUUAGCUCCUUGAAUUGCUCUUCUUCUCUUCUGAAUGUUUGGUCCCCGUCCAGAGAGGAAGGGGACAGACAGGGUAACAGGGUUGUUCUGUGAUACCUGUACUCUGCCUUGCCUGCCAGAAUAUUUUUUAAACCAGCAUGUUAGGGUGCCCCCUAGAGGCCGAGCCCGGGGCCAGAUGCUUUCACAGUUACUAUCUUGCUUACCCUUUCCAGCAGCCUUGUGCUGUGGAAUCAUUCUUCCCAUUUGAAAGAUGAGCCGGUUCUGAGAUGCAAACAGUGCAUCUCCCCAAGAUCACACGGCUGCAGACUCCGGGGAAGAAGAGAAGCAGAGCAGACUCCGGGGUCCAUCUCCCCGGCCCACCACACUGUUUAUGGAGUGGCCCGUAACCAGAGGAAAAGUUGAAAGCUCCUCAGAAAUGAAUCAGCAGAAUGCACUCUUGUCCAUCCAUCUUAGACGUUUAUAAGCACUCUAAUGGAUACUAAUCUGACAAGGAAUUAUGUUCAAAGAUGAUGCCAAAGAGUUAAUGUCAAUCUUUUCUUCCCUGAGGAAAAAAAAAAAAGUAGUCCAUGAGUAUAAAAAAUUUAGAUCAAUGUUUCUAAAAAACGAUCACUUUGUUUACAUCAUUAUUCCUAUUUUGGAAUAAAAACUUACCUUUUUGAAUUCUACCUUCUUGAGUCUUUCAUAAAUGGCGGCUUCUAGACUGCUCUUCCCAUUUUAUUUGUUAAUUUAAAGUUGAAAAAAAGUAACAUUCUUGUUUGUUCCAGCCUUAUAAAUAAAAUUCAUAAUGCA